UCACCAUGAGCAAGGCUAGUGAUGAUGGCCUUGAAGGCGCUUCUGGAGCAGUGCUUCAGCGUCCGUGUCACUCGUCAGGAGUUGGAGGCCCCAACGACAGCUGUGGUGAUCCGUGUACUUCACGGAGCCUUUAGCAUCUUCGGCUUGAAUGAAGUGGCCCUGGAAGUGCCUCGCUCGCUACUGCCCAGUGAGGCCAUGCACAUUGAGGGCUCGAUACCUAUAGGCCACUACUUGAAGCUGAUGCAAGUUGUUCUUGGAAUUGUGGGCGUUAACGAUGUGGGCCUGCAGGACCUGACCAAUCCAAAGCCGCGACGCACUCGUCGGCUUUUGAAGAUUCUCGUCAACAAAUUGCUCCAGGCAACUGCAGUCUUCAGCAAGUACACGAGGCCAACCGGAUGGCAACUCUCCUUCACUGACGUCGGUGAACAGGACGAGGCAGUCGCUAGUGAGCUUUCGGCCUGUAAGAAGACACUGGCUGCCUACGCCGAGGAGAAGGCGGUCAUUGUGUCGGACUACCAACAGCUCAAGACGACCCUGUGCGACUCCGCUGAGGCAGUAGAGAAGGCAAAGUUGCAGAUUAUGGAACUCAAGGAAGCUCUGGAAGAGAAGCGUGCCGCAGUUUGCAGGGAUCCAGCUUCUUGGAAGGAAAAUAUUUCGGCGGAUGUGGAAACUCUGGCUACCUUAGAAUCCGAAAUUGAGAAGCUGCGUUCUAUUGUGUCGACUGUGAAUGAAAAGGUCAGCCUGUCUCCUCGCAUAAGUGAGGAGUAUAGUAAAUCUUUGGAAAGCUUGGCUGGGAUGGAAGAACACGCUGCAGAGGUGGAGAUGUUGCAGCAGACCAAAACGGCCCAGGAGAAAAAGCGGAUUGAACUUGAGCAAGCAUACUACGCAUUGCAAAAGAAAGUGGAGCUCGCUUCGGAGGAGCUGAAGCGUCUCGAAGAGAAGCAGCCAUUAGACGCUGGUCUUCAAUCCCGUGAGGAGCGCAACAAUAAUGCUCGACAGACGCUGCAACAGCUCCAGACAACUAUGAAGCAAACAAAAACCAGUGCCAUUGCUAAGUUGUCCGAAAUGAACACAAAAAUUCCAAGCACACAGGAUGAAAUUGACAUGCAUGAAAGGGCAAUGGAGCAACAUGUUGCAAGAAACCAGCAAGUUUUGGAUGCAAUAUUGCAUAUUAUGGAGGCUGUUGCGGAAAGCUUUGGAAGAAUUUGCAGUGAAGACAGUCUUGCGCAGCCGUGCAGUGUAGAUGAAGCAUCACAGUCGAGCAGUGAGGACAGAAGACCCAGUGACGAAUAAGAAAUAGCUACUUUGCUGUGCAGUCUCUUUAUAUUUAUUACAAUUUUAAAACUAUUUUAUAAAUAAUUCACGUCCUUUAUUCUUGUACUUGCUUGGAAAUAUAUUCCUCGGUUGUACUUGAAUGAGUUCAGUAUUUUAUCUUGAAGCGUACUGCUGCCUGCUGUACUCUUCUUUUCAUUCAUUCUUGUGCUGCUCAUAUUUCACAUUGGGAGUGAAUUGUUUAAUAAGGCCAACAUCAAAACUUCAGAUUGCAAAAGUAAGCCUACUACAGCAGGCUCUACGCAAUGUUUUGCAAUAAAAGGGCCCUGAACCUCACCUUGAAGAAAGCCUAGCAAAGUUGCAGUGAAGAUGGAGCGCCACAGUUGAGCAGCAAGGAUGAUGGACCAGUGGUGAAAGAAAUAUGGCUGCUUGACUGUGCAGUUUCUUCGGGUUUAUUACGAUUUUAUAUACCUAUUCUGUUGCUGUUUCAUGUCUUUUAUCCAUGAUGUACUUUCGCUUACCCGUUUCAAAUGCCACCUAUGAAGAACUGUCUGUAAAUGUGUCAAAUCACUGCAAUGUUACUUCAAGACCCUCAAUAUUUUGUUGCAAAAAGAAUAAUGAGAUAAUUGUAAAAUAUAUAGAAGAAAGGAAAAGAACUGCAACCACCACUUGUAGCAUGAAGCCGCAAUAAAUCCCUAUGAAUUUCUCUGAAAGAAAAACCUCUUAGUUGCUCAAAAAUUCGUCCUGGUUCAGGGUUCGAGCCUGGGACCAAUGCAUUUCUUACGUGGUCGCUCUACCAAUUGUGCUAACUGGGAAGCUAGCAAUUGGCAGCGCGAGGUUGAAUUCAUUGACAACUCGAAGUGCACGGACACAAGCAAUGCAAAUUAGUUCUGGGGAAACUGACAAAGUGGUGGAAGUGUUAAGAAAGCAAAGAAGAUGACCACCUGUUAUAACACGAAGCCACAAGGAAAUGCGUACAGAUUUCUCGGAAAGAAAAGCCUUUGGGUUGCCUAAAAAACUGUUUGUCUGCCUUCUUUAUGUUUUUUCACCCAUCCGCCACCUUGCGGCUUUUCGCAAAACUCAUUUGCAAUGCUUGUGGCCAUGCGCUUUGAGUCAUAAAUGAAUUCGCCCUCGAGCUGCCAAUUGCUAGCUUCAUGGUUAGCUAAAUUGGUAGAGCAACCGCCGUGGAAAGGUGUUGGUCCCAGGUUUGUACUCCGGACCAGUACAAAUUUUCUUGUGGCUUCUUGCUACAACGGGUAGUUGUCUUUUUCCCCUUUCUUAGCCCUUGCGCAACCUUGUGGAUUUCCGCAGAACUUAUUUGCAUUGUUGAAUGUAUGUGUGUUAGAAUAACUCGUAUAAUCAAGUUGUAACUAUAUAUCUCUUUAUUCUAAAGUCAUUGAUGCUUACUUUUGGCAUAAAUAAAAUCAAAUCUCAAGCUAGAGAUAUAGUGCAAAUUCAAUUUUCGUUAUAUCGGUAUUUAGCAAAGAAACAUUUUGCUCUUCACAUUGUUUUCAGGAAGCGGCACGUCGCUUGACUCGUCGAAUGUGGUAUUGUCUUCAUAAAAGUGAUCAUUUGUAUCUGUACACUGCAAAAUAAGUUAAAUGAAGACAAAUUUAUAUGUAAGAGGUUAAAUUCAUUCAAAGUACAAUAAACCUUGUCCUUUCUUAGCCUC